UGAAAAUGUUUCAGAAAGUGUUACUUCUGUGUAUCAUCCUAACUUGGAUGACAUAUGAUGUACAUGGUUGUUCGUGUUUUGGUUUCCAGCACCCUCAAUCGCAAUUUUGUUCAGCUGACUACGUAUUCUAUGGCAAAGUUAUCAAGGAGACAUUAAUACCAGGCCCACCAGAUGAUACUGCACACAACUUUGCGAUCUGGAAGUAUACAUUUAGCAUAAUUUUCAAAAUGAAGGGAGUGACAGAAGGAUUUGGGCAAGAAGUAGUUGUAGAGACAAGAGGGAAUGGUGCUCUUUGUGGAGUACGUUUUACUGUCGGAAAGUCUUAUAUUCUAAUGGGAAGAACAGGCUCCGAUGGAAAGAAAUCUAUUGGAUUGUGUAAUUAUAUCAGACAAUUGAGCAGUCUUUCACCUUACCAAACGUUUUACAUGUUUACAAGAGGUUUUAAUUCUUACAAUCUAAACUGUAGAAGGAGAUGCAACAAAAUAGAUCAAGAUUCCAGAGGUUGUAAAUAUGAAGCUGGUAAAAAUGACAAGCUUAACAUUUGCCUGGCCAAGAAUGCCCUGUGCAAACGAGAAAGAAGACGGUGUCGUUGGGUUAAUAAUGAAACAUGUUAG